AUGAAGUUGGAGAAGGCUCCUUGCAAUCAAAAGUUGGGAAGAGAAGGGGAAGAGAAGGAGCAGCUGAGGGGGAGACCUCUAUCUGCAACUCCGGCUUCAAGACAGUUGCAACGUAAUCUGGCCACCAGAUCUUUAUCUCCUCUGCCUGACACUAAUCUCUCGAAUUCAUUUAAGGAAGCUCAAUCUGAGAAGAGAAGAUUUUCUACUCCAGGCCCGCAAAGAAAAGAACCCGAUGGAAAGAUUCCAGGGAAGAUUUUCGCUAGAGAUUCUCAUCGUACUCGGGCAUCGGAUUCCACGUUGUCGUCAACUUCGAUUUCUGAUAAAUUGAAUAGCCGAAGGGAGUCAUCGUGGACGAAGUACUUUGAUCAUGGAGGAGGAAGGGUCACUGCGGUGGAAACUGUUGCAGAUGAAUUCAAGGUUGAUCUCUCUCAAUUGUUCUAUGGGCUUAAGUUUGCCAUCGGAGCUCACAAUCGAAUUUACCAUGGAAUUUAUAAGGAUGAAUCUGUUGCUAUGAAGAUUCUUAGCCCACCUGAUGACGACGAAAAUGGAGCCAUAGCGGCUCGGCUGGAGAAGCAGUUCACUAGAGAAGUUACUCAUCUGUCUCAUCUCCGCCAUCAAAAUGUGGUCAAGGGUUCACGGGCGAGGGAUUCUAGUACUCAACUUUUAUCGAAUUAUGAUCACUGA